UUUAAAAAAAUUUCUCAUUAAAAUGUAAAUAAACUACAUUUGAUCAGUUGAGAUAUAUUCUUAAGAGAAAUGAGUAAAUUAGAUUAAAAGAACAACGAGGAUUGAUCAAUCAUACGUGCCAUUAAUGAUUGAGACGGACGUGCUUCACAUUCGUUGACUCUACCAUUAGCAUUAUUUCUCCACUUUCUCAUCCGAUCUCUUCACCUUGUAUAACCAUAUACUCAUCAGCCUCUCUCGCCAAACCCAACAAAAACAAAUCAAACAUGAUUCAAGACAAGUCGAAAGGUGCAAAGCAAGCCCUUCUAGAGCGGCCAUGGUUCCUCGUGGUGGCUCUAGCUGGUCUUUUAGGUGGCGCCAUGCUCAUCAUAAGCUUCAUCCGAGCUACGGACAACACUUUGUCACUAUGCUCGACAGCUAAGAACACGGCUGCGUCCAUAGCCGAAUAUUCAGCCACCCCAAUCCAACUACAAUCCAUCGUUCACUAUGCCACCUCACACACCGUCCCUCAACAAUCUUUCGAGGAGAUCUCGAUCUCUUUAAACGUCCUCAAGGAACGUCUCCCUUGUAACUUCCUAGUCUUUGGCCUAGGCCGUGAUUCCCUCAUGUGGGCCUCCCUCAAUCCAGGUGGCACUACUGUGUUCCUGGAGGAGGAUCCUGAGUGGAUAGAGGCCGUCCUCAAGGAUGCUCCAUCCCUCAGGGCCCACCAUGUUCAGUACCGGACCCACCUUUCGGAGGCCGGCCGCCUUCUCUCGACUUACAAGAACGAACCCAUGUGUUUACCAGCUAAAGCUUUCCCGAUCCGCUACAACGAAAAGUGUCCCUUGGCGUUGACUUCGCUUCCUGAUGAGUUCUAUGAUACCGAGUGGGAUCUGAUCAUGGUGGACGCACCAAAGGGGUACUUCCCGGUGGCGCCCGGAAGGAUGGCGGCGAUAUUUUCCUCGGCCGUCAUGGCACGUAACAGGAAAGGUGAUGGCACGACACACGUCUUCCUACAUGACGUUGACCGCUAUGUGGAGAAGACUUUUGCCAAUGAGUUCCUUUGUGAGAAGUAUAAGGUCAACUCCGCAGGUAGGCUCUGGCACUUCGAGAUACCUAACGCUGCUAACAUGACCGACCAGCCAGGUGACCGGUUUUGCUAGAGUGCGCCAAUAUUCGUUCUUCGUUACUUCUUUUAAUUGGAACACCGCAUAGUUCUUCUGAGUUUAAAAUCGUUAUUAAACAUAAACUAUCCAGAGGCAACUCAUUAAAAUAAAUAUGUAUUCUAUCAUUGUUACUCUUUGUUUCAUAUGGUUUCAUGUGGCCUAGUUUCUACAUUUUCCUAUUUAAAACAUACAAGUAUAAGAAAAAUUUGGACAUUGGCUUCAUUUUAA